AGCUUCUAAGCGCUGCUGGCCACGGUAAGGGCCGCCGUAGGUACCUUCCAGCAGCCGCGGGCUGGUAGAAGCGCUCCUCAUAGCCCUGUAUGCGCACGUCUUGGUUCGCCUUUACCCGCCUUAUCGCGCUCCUGAUAGAGCAGCCUCCUGCCUCGACCCCGCCACUGAGGCCCGGGCCGAAGGCUAGAGGCGGCCGGCCCGGCUCCUGCCCGGCCCUCGCCCCCUGCACCCGCGGACCCCGCCGCCGCGGACUCGGCGGGACGAUGCUGGAAUCCAUUCGCGUGACGGAAAAGCUUCACUGGCCUGAGCAAGAACUUGCUAAGAAGUCUAUUCUAAAUGCAGAAGAUUCAUUGAUCAUUGACAGCAAAAGAAACAUUUCCCAUUUACCCCCUGGAAUACUAAAGGACAUUUUCACAACUGGAACCAGUAGUUACAAUGUCCUACUACAGAGCAAGGAGGAGAAAAAGCAUCAUUCACAAAAAGAGUCUUCCUCCACCUACUCCAAAAGAUGUAGAAAACCCAGCAAAUCUCCUAGCUCUUCUCAUAGCAAAGAUCCUCGCAGGACGAAAACCCCAGUGCCUGUGCCUGGUACUUGGUACUGCCUGGAGAGGCAGCCUGCUGUUUUUGUCACUAGUUCAGUGUCAAGUCCUGUAAAGUUUACACAUGAUAUCUCUGUUACAGGGAACAGCAUAGUACUGCCACCUAAAUCCAAAAGCAAGGUCAAGCGGCGUCAUUUCUCCACAUUUCCAAAGCCAAAGCCACAGCCGCAACCUCAGCCUCAGCUGUCUAGAAGCUUUGAAAAAGGAGAUGACUUUUCUGGAAAAAAAUUUUGUAUAUUGACUGCUAUAAAGCCUACCAACUUAGAGAAAGAAAAACUGAGAUUCUUCAAAUCUGACUAUACCUACAAUCCUCAAUUUGAAUAUGCUAAUCCUGCUCUGCCAAGUGUGUUAGCCAAGCACAGCAACGCAUCUGACCGAUUUCUUAAGCAGUCCAUCAAUAUUAUGGAACUGACUUUACAGAAAUAUGGAAGUUAUGAAAAAUUUGAACAAGCCACUGGUGGUAGCUUGCUAUCUAAACCUCGAAUCUGGAGUCAUGUUAGGAAGUACAUGCUGAAGGAAGGCUGCCUCGGGGAGAUUGUAGUUCAUCUCACUGAGGACCUGCUGUCCCGGGCUUCAAUGACAGUAGUGAAUGGAUGUCCAACUCUGACCAUCAAUGUCUCCACUGCACGUGAGCAUUGGCUGGAGGGAAUGCUGAGGCAUGAGAUAGGCACACAUUAUUUUCGAGGUAUUAACAACCUCCAGCAGCCAUGGAAUAGUUGGAAUGGCCGUAAAAAACAUGAGCUAAAGCCAAAUAAUCCCACAGAGGAAGGACUGGCAAGUAUUCACAGUGUCCUGUUUAGAAAAGACCCCUUUUUAUGGAGGGCUGCCCUCCUAUACUACACUGUUUAUCGAGCCAGCCAAAUGUCUUUUUGUGAGCUCUUCAAAGAUAUUGGCAAGUUUGUCAAGGACCCCAAUACAAGAUGGGAUUAUUGUGUACGGGCCAAAAGAGGAUGGACUGAUACUUCCCAACCAGGGUGUUUUAGUAAAGACCAGGUAUACUUGGAUGGAAUUCUUCAAAUCCUUCGAUACAGAGAUACCAUAGACUUUCAUCUACUUACCGCCCUGGGAAAGGUUUCUUAUGAAGAUGUGGAUCGCUUAAAAGGAUUGGCAGUUAUUGAAAACAUGAGGGUCCCUCACUUCCUGCAGGACCAUAGCCGAUAUAUGGAACACUUAGAGAAGAUCAUGGAAGUGAAUGAACUGACCGACAGGGAACUGAAAGACCUUAUAUAGUAAUUAGCAUUCUUGCAAAUGUAGCUAAACUAUACCUCCGUGUAUAUUACCAAUUGGGUGCAGUUAGCACCGGCAUAUUUAUAAAAGAAGAAUGGCUGUUCGAGUUUUCUGAAGAAUGGUCUUCAGUAUUCAGCUGAAUUUUUAAGCUAAGUACAAACCUUAAACUAUUUUCCUAAAAUGUUUCUAUAGGCUGCAGGGGGAAAUUACUCCUAUUUUCAUCUGAAUUUCAGCAGAGCCAGAUGAAAAUGCUACUGCUAAGUGUUUUUGAAGACUCUUGGGCAAAUUGAGUGAUAAUCUUCUGCCUGAAGUUUAGCACUGGCCUAGUACUUCUGCCUGAGCACCAAAGCCAGCUCUGACUGGAGAUUGGCUGAAUUCCAGUGGCGUUCAGACUCCAGAGUUAUAUUUUAUUUGAUAAACAAUGGCAGUUACUCUCCUUUGAAAAAUUAGUUUUGUGAUGCUCCAAAAAGCUAAUUUUAUCAGGAUUUCUUAUUUCUCUUACAUGUUAAGUAAUGUUAAAGGGAGGGGAAAAGCAAUUUGAAAAAUUUCCAUUAAGUUCUUUAUUUUAACAUUAUUGUCUUACCUUUUCAGCUUAUAGGAACUAAAUUCGAGAAUUAUCUCUUUUUGUCCAGUUAUAUUUUCAUUUGCUGAAACAUACUGUACCCCUUCAAAUUUUUUAUAAAGUUCUAAGGUCUUUCCCUCUGCA